AUGUAUCUCUGGGAAGACGGCGCAUCCCUUGUAGCAGUGCAACACGACGGUUAUGUCAGGUGGGAACCCAUCAUCAACUUGGGCGUGUCUUGUAAGGUAACACGUUGUCAAAUGAAAUGUGCGACCUCCUUGCACCUGCCAGUUAAUUAAUCAUACACAGAACAUCCGCAAUAGCGAACGAACAAUAUCAAACUAACAAUAUCAAAUUAACAAUAUCAAAAUUAAAAUUUCAAACUAACAAUUUCAAGCUAAAAAUAUCAAGCUAACAAUAUUAAACUAACAAUAUCAAACUAAAAAUAUCAAACUAACAAUAUCAAACUAACAAUAUCAAAAUUACAAUUUCAAACUAACAAUAUCAAGCUAAAAAUAUCAAGCUAACAAUAUUAAACUAACAAUAUUAAACUAAAAAUAUCAAAUUAACAAUAUCAAACGAACAAUAUCAAACGAACAAUAUCAAACUAACAAUUUCAAACUAACAAUAUCAAACUAACAAUAUCAAAGUAACAAUAUCCAACUAACAAUUUCAAACUAACAAUAUCAAAGUAACAAUUUCAAACUAACAAUAUCAAAGUGACAAUAUCAAACUAACAACAUCAAACUAAUAAUAUCAAAACUAACAAUAUCAAACUAACAAUAUCAAACUAACAAUUUCAAACUAACAAUAUCAAACUAACAAUAUCAAACUAACAAUUUCAAACUAACAAUAUGAGACUAACAAUUUCAAGCUAGCAAUAUCAAGCUAACAAAUAAUUUCCAUCUGUGUUACAAAUAUUUCAACUAUCAUAUAACCGUGUUGUCUUCAUUUCUACCCCCAACAGGUGGACAUCUCAAAAUAUCCGUUUGACCGUAACAUCUGCCCAUUGAUCAUCAGUUCGUGGAUGCAUGACAUGAACUCAGUCAAUGUAAUAAAAAAAAACAAACUGAUAUUUAAAUGAAGAUUGUAUACAUUCGAAUGACGUAGAAUUAUAUUUUUUACAGUAAUUAAAAAAAAAAAACAUAUACAAAAUCCUUAUAAGAUUGAGCUGUAGAUUCAAGGAUUUUUUUUUAGUGCAUUCUAUUCACCGGCAAGAGCCAUAAUUUAAACGUACACGGACUGUUGUAGCAGUAGAAUAUUGGGGGGGGGGGGGAAGGGGGGUUGACAAUCAACCUUUUACCAAAAGAAUGUUAUAGCCAAACAUACUAAAUAAAAAACCGUUUAAAUAAAAAAUAAUAAUAAUAACUUAAGGAUCUCUUCGCGAUAACCCUACCCCCAAGACAUUAUAUGUUAGGUCCAAGUAUGUUUGGUCCAAGUAUGUUUGGUCCAAGUAUAUUUGGUCCAAGUUUGUUGGUCCAAGACUGUUUGGUUCAUAUAUGUUUGGUCCAAGUAUGUUUGGUCCAAGUAUUUUUGGCCCUAGUAUGUUUGGUCCAAGUAUGUUUGGUCCAAGUGUGUUUGGUCCAAGUAUGUAUGGUCCAAGUAUGUUUAGUCCAAGUAUGUUUGGUACAAGUAUGUUUGGUCCAAGUAUGUUUGUUUGGUCCAAGAAUGUUUUUUCAAGUAUGUUUGGUCCAAGUAUGUUUGGUCCAAGUAUGUUAGGUCCAAUUGUGUUUUGUCCAAAUUUGUUUGGUCCAUGUAUGUUUGGUCCAAGUUUGUUUGGUCCAAGACUGUUUGGUUCAUAUAUGUUUGGUCCAAGUAUUUUUGGUUCAAGUACGCUUGGUCCAAGUAUGUUUAGUCCAAGUAUGUUUGGUCCAAGUGUGUGUGGUCCAAGUGUGUUUGUUUCAAGUAUCUAUGAUUCAAGUAUGUUUGGUCCAAGUAUGUUUGAUCCUAGUAUGUUUGGUCCAAGCAUGUUUGGUCCAUGAAUUUUUUAUGAGUAUGUUUGGUCCAAGUAUGUUUUGUCCAUGUAUGUUUGGUAUGAAUAUGUUUGGUCCAUGUAUAUUUGGUAUACGUAUGUUUGGUCUAAGCAUGCUGGUCCAUGCAUGUUUGAUAUAAAUAUGUUUGGUCCUAGCAUCUUUGGUCCUAGUAUGUUUCGUCCAAGCAUGUUUGGCUCAUAUUUGUUUGGUCCAAAUAUGUUUGAUACAUGUAUGUUUGGGCACCAUGUCUCUAUCUCAACUCUUAGUUAUUAUGUCAUUCAUUUUGACCUCAUCAUGACAGUUGACCUUUGGUGAGCCCGCCAUCAUCCUGGACUACAUGAUCUCUAACGGUGAGUUCCAGGUCAAAUCACACGGUGUCGACACCAGCCUGUAUCCAAGUUUCAACCUCCAUUACAUUCAAUGCUCCUUCUAUCUAAGGCUAAGUCGGCGCCCUGCGUAUGUGAUAAUGACGUAAGUAGGUCUCAUCUGAUAGGCACUCUGUCACAUAUAAUAUUUUACCUGAAAAGUGUUUUCCAGCAUUAGGUCAAGUUUAGCAGCACUCCUAAUCAGUUAAUGAUACAGACUGAGCAAUUAACGUACAACUUUUUUGUGACACCGUGGGCGACAUUUCAAUUUUCCUCACGUCACGAAAAAAAAUUAAUCAAUUGGCUAAAAAUCAAAUACAGAGCACAUAAAAAUGAAAAUAGAAUAUAUAGCGCGUAAUAUUUCCCUAAAUGACAUGACGCUGUAUGUGAUCACCCAACUGAUUCACUUACACCUUUCUAUUCGUAUGCUCAUGCCAAUAAGAGACUACUUACUAUCUUAACUUGAAUAAAGGAUAUUGUUACCUCGGCAAUUGACCCGAGAGUCUAGUUCUCUGCCAGUCGUCACACGACUGUCAAAUGAUGGACCUUCUGUUUUUCUUAUGGAAUCCGUUGACAAUGUGACGAUGGUGUAGACUUCGCAGGAUGAAAUCCACAAGGCCCGGCAUUAUUGUUGGAAGUGUUAUAAUCUGGUUCCCUACACUGCGCAUCGCCUCUCUCCACGCAGCUGGAUACAGCAAAGGAACAUUAUGUGAAUGAUACAGCUUGGCACCAGUGGCGUCGCAGAAGUUGUCGGAAUGUUUCAUUGUGCCAAUGUUAUCCGCGUACGGGACUCCAGACCAGGAACUUGAAAUUAACUCAGUUUAGACCACUCGGCCACCCAGCACCCUUUUAAAUAGUAAAAUAUUAUGGCAUCCUUCCGUCUACGUGAGACGAUGGAGUAGCUAUAUAGUUCUACACUUUGACGAGUGGCUCACUAGGCCAAUCCUUGAAUGGCAAUCACAGCCACAUCUCUCGCAGGAGAAUGUUGAAACCCGGUCAAUUCUUGAUUUUCGAAUUGUUCUUUUUGAUUCUAGGGCUUCUUUUCGAGUAACUUCUGCCUUUUUCACUCCUCCAAACAUUGCUGUACGCCAGUUGGAGCGAUGUUCGGCAAUGAACUCCCAUUCGUUUGUUUCAAUAUUGGCUUUCAAUAUUUCAAUAUUCAAUAGUAAAAUAAAAAUAUAGCUUAUAUGGCUAACAUAAUUAAAAAUAACACAAAUAAAUUGUCAGAAUUGGGUUUUGAACCCACGCCCACGUUCAUGGACCAGACCACACUCGCACCCACGCAGCUAGAAAGGAAACCUUGAGUCUGGCACCUUGGACCACUCGGCCAUCCUGACUACACAUUUCAAACGAACAAUGGGAAACGUAUUGAUCGUCUUAAUAUUUCUAUGUCUGUCAACGGUUUUCAGGUAUGCUUUAAGCUAAAUUAGUCCAUACCAUGUGAGCACUACCCAUCUCCAUUUAUAUAGUGUUGUUACCAAACAAGAGAUGUGCCAAGAGUGUUUGAACUCGGGAGUGAUAUUUAUUUUUACGCCAACCCCAUUUUCGACUCUAAAAUCCAUUAUUUUCAUCCAUAAAAAAGUAAGGGAACAGCCAAUGCCGGAGUAGCCACUCUAAUCCAAUCAUGAUUAAAUUACUGUAACAGUUGUUUGUGGGGUUUACCUCAAAACCAAAUUCAGAGACUCCAGAUGGUACAAAAUACUACAGCAAGCAUUGUAUCGAUUCUAAAUAAAUAUGAUCACAUCACCCCAGUUCUUAGAGAUAUCCACUGGCUUUCUGUGAGUGAGCGCAUAGACCACAAAAUUCUGUCCCUGGCUUACAGCUGUAUACAAGGCUCUGCACCUGAAUAUCUUCAAAAACUGAUUUCUAAACAUGUAUCCAUGCAGAACAUGCGGUCUUCAACACAGUCCUUCCUUACCGAGGGUCCCCAGCGUGGAUGGACACAGAAAGAAGUCAUACUGAGUGCGCUCUUUUGAAGUUAUAGCGCCUAAAUUAUGGAGAAUAAAUAAAACAGAGUAGGGUUAAACCUGAAUAAAGAAACGCAACAAAACAACGAACGUGUCGGCAGAAAGCCUUAGUCAGCGAACAAAACAACAGAAAAAACGGUAUAAAAUGAAAAUAAGAAAUAUCACUUAGCUUGGACGUGGGCAGUAAAAGCACAUUUAUUUUGCUGCCUACGGAUACUACGUCCAGCAGUCUGCACCACACAUGGACUUGGUUACUCGACUCUCCUUCUUCCUGAUGAUGACAUAGUCGAUGAGUUGCCAAUGUUUUGAAAGAGGGUGCCUCCAGGACGUCUGAUUACUAAACAGUAACAAGCAGUACCUAAAGUAAAUCACGAUAAUUUUAUUUUAAAAAAUUACCCUCUCCCUCCCCCUGCCCACAAUCUGUCACAAACCUCAGGCUACCCCUCCCCUAAAAUACGUCACUCUUUCAAAAUCCAAAGUUGUUCAAACAUUAACAACUAAUUAAAAUGUCAUUCAAGACACACGUCACUAUUGAACUAUUAAAUGUGUAAAAGUUAAAUCUUCUGUCAGAAUACAUCUAUCACAACAAAAGUUUUCACAUCACUGUCAAUGUCAUGUAUUAUAAAAAAAUAUUUAAAAAAAAUAAAGAUCUCUACCCCCACCAAAGCAUGAUGUCACACCUCUGCCCCCUACCCACCAAAGCAUGAUGUCACACCUCUGCCCCCUACCCACCAAAGCAUGAUGUCACACCUCUGCCCCCUACCCACCAAAGCAUGAUGUCACACCUCUGCCCCCUACCCACCAAAGCAUGAUGUCACACCUCUGCCCCCUACCCACCAAAGCAUGAUGUCACACCUCUGCCCCCUACCCGCCAAAGCAUGAUGUCACACCUCUGCCCCCUACCCACCAAAGCAUGAUGUCACACCUCUGCCCACUACCCAGCAAAGCAUGGUGUCGCACCUCUGCCCCCUACCCACCAAAGCAUGGUGUCGCACCUCUGCCCCCUACCUGUCACACUUUCUUAGACACCCCCCACCCAACUGGAAUGUGCCGUGCUUUAUGGACAGCCCCAAAAUUGUUGAAAAUAUUAAAUUGCUAAGCUGCUUCACAAGGAAGAUACUCAAAUAAGCUGAGGCAGUCCUCAAGGUAAACGUUUUAUAGUAGGAGACCAACAUGGAGUCCUUCCAACAUGGAGUCCUUCCAACAUGGAGUCCUUCCAACAUGGAGUCCUUCCAAUAUGGAGUCCUUCCAAUAUGGAGUCCUUCCAACAUGGAGCGUUAGACAAGACAGCGUUAAAACAUGACGUCGCUACAUAACAAAUAAUGUGGUGUGCAUGCGUAAUCAACAUUCAGUUCUUUUGUCACUUUCCAACAAUCAGCAACCACUGGGUAUUUUUUUUAGCAUGACGUCGUGAACAUUUCCCCCAUUCCCCAGGCUCCUCACGCCAGUUUCCCUUAUGGCGGCGCUAGGGGGCGUGUCCUUCCUGAUGCCCCCUGGCGAGCCAGAGAGGUUGACCAUGUCCAUCACGGUCGUGUUGUCCUUCACCGUUUUCCUGGGGAUCAUUGACGGCGGUCUUCCGGGGACUUCUGAAAACAUCUCACUGUUG